AUAGGCGCACGAUGCGCUUAUAGUGAGAGAGUAACAUAUACUAGGCUACCGGGGUUUGUCUGUUCCUCUAUUUGCUACUCUACAGUUGAAUGAGGAUGGAGUUUCACUCCAUGUAUAGAGCAUACGUUUGCGCACUUUGCUCAGUUUAAUUCCAUUCCACUAACUGAAAAAACGACUGCCUGGGAUUAUUAUUCAAGUUUGUUGAAGCGUUAGUUCAGCAUCAGCGACAAAAACAUGAAUGACAUCUACGAGUCGGCUGCCACCUCGCUGGGCCUGUUCAGCAGUCCGUGUCUGACCAAGGUGGAGCUGCGUGUAGCCUGUAAGGGAAUCUCUGACCGUGAUGCGCUGUCCAAGCCCGACCCCUGCGUGGUCCUCAAGAUGCAGUCUCACGGCCAAUGGCUGGAGGUUGACAGGACGGAGGUACUUCGGAGUAGUAUUAACCCUACGUUCUCCAAAGUCUUCACGCUGGACUACUACUUCGAGGAGGUGCAACGUUUGCGCUACGAACUCUAUGACAUCAGUAGCAGCCACAACGGCAUGAGGGAGGCUGACUGCCUUGGUGCAAUGGAGUGCACACUUGGACAAAUUGUGUCCCAGAGAAAGCUCUCCAAAGCCCUGCUUAAGCAGAGCAGCACAGGAGGAAAGUCCACUAUUACGAUCACCGCAGAGGAAUUGACAGGAAAUGAUGACUAUGUGGAACUGUCAUUCAGUGCCAGGAAACUUGACGAUAAGGACUUUUUCAGCAAGUCAGAUCCAUUUUUAGAGAUCUACAGAGUGAAUGAUGAUGCUACGCAGCAGCUUGUGUACAGAACAGAGACUGUCAUGAACAACCUCAAUCCAGUGUGGAAGACCUUCAAAACAUCCCUGAACUGUCUCUGCAGCGGAGAUCAUGAGAGGAUGCUGAAGUGCACCGUGUGGGACUGGGACUCAAACGGGAAGCAUGACUACAUAGGCGAGUUCGAAGCUACCUUCAAAGAGAUGCGUGGGGCGACGGAUGGCAAACAGGUCCAGUGGGAAUGCAUCAACCCCAAGUAUAAAGUCAAGAAGAAGAAUUACAGGAACUCGGGAAUUGUCAUCUUGAAUCAGUGUAAGGUUAUAAAGAUGCAUUCUUUCCUUGACUACAUAAUGGGUGGCUGCCAGAUCCAGUUUACAGUAGCUAUUGAUUUCACAGCAUCUAACGGUGAUCCGCGAAAUAGCUGCUCUCUACACUACAUUCACCCAUACCAACCUAAUGAGUAUCUCAAAGCCUUGGUUGCUGUUGGUGAGAUCUGCCAGGAUUACGACAGUGAUAAAAUGUUUCCUGCGUUUGGCUUUGGCGCCCGAAUACCUCCUGACUUCAAGGUUUCUCAUGACUUUGCUGUGAACUUUAAUGAGGAUAAUCCUGAAUGUGCAGGUAUCCAGGGGGUGGUGGAGGCUUACCAGAACUGCCUUCCAAAGAUCCAGCUGUACGGCCCCACCAACAUUGCACCCAUCAUCCAGAAAGUGGCCAACUCCGCCUCCGAGGAGGUGCACACCAGGGAGGCCAUGCAAUACUUCAUCCUUCUCAUCCUCACUGACGGCGUGAUCACGGACAUGGCUGAUACCAGGGAGGCCAUUGUCCAGGCCUCCCACCUGCCCAUGUCCAUCAUCAUAGUCGGCGUGGGCAACGCAGACUUCACUGACAUGCAGACACUUGACGGCGACGACGGGAUCCUCCGCUCGCCAAAAGGAGAGCCAGUACUGCGUGAUAUUGUGCAGUUUGUACCCUUCCGGAACUUCAAACAUGCUUCUCCCGCAGCCCUGGCAAAAAGCGUGCUCGCUGAAGUCCCGAACCAGGUGGUGGACUACUACAACAGCAAGGGGAUCAAGCCAAAAUGCCCCAGCGAGUACGAGGCUUCCAGAACGUUUGGCCACUGAGCCUCACCCUGCCUCCGUGCUAAAGCACUGCCUGCCCACCAAUAGCACGUUCCUGUGAAUCCUGCAGCGUGUACUCUGUUCCUUUCCUUUGUCUGCAUGUGUGGUCUGUGGGGCUUGUGUAGUAGGCUAAGCGUCCCAGAGGUACUGCACCCAUAAAGGAUUCUCUUAUGGAGGGGCCAGAAACAAGCAACUGCAAUCUGACACAAGCAUGCUUGAACUGGGAGUUACUGGAAAAAAACAAAACAAAACAACAACUGAAUGCAUAUAUGUUCUAUUUGCUUUUGUUUUAUAUACAUAUAUAUUUAAAGGUUUAUUGAGAUUUUGCUAAAUUUCUUAAUAUUCCUACACUGUAAAGCAUUUUCGAUCAUUGAGAAUGAACAGUUAUCUGUAUUAGAUACUGAAUGUGUGCACCUUGAGAGUAAGAUUCCUUUUUGCAAAUGAUGCAGAUGCAUGAUUGUAUUUUGCAUGUUAAUAAUAAACAAAAACUCUGCUUUUCUCUGUGUUCUGUUGUUUUCUGAGUCAGGAAAUCAUAAGUAGACAACAACAGGAUUCCUUCCUGCAGUGUUCUCUAAUACGUGUGGUAGCUGAAUGCACAACAGAGUAAUACUUUUUAAAAUACAGUAUUUUUGUGAGUUUAUGGUUGAUGUUUGACAAUAAAAGGGAUUUGUGUUAUAAAUUA